UAAUCGAUUAACUUGUAAAUGUUAGAUGCGAUGUUGAUAUAAAUCGUCCUUGUUCUACAUGUAAGCAAUAUGAUUGGGAAUGUACAUUUAAUGAUGUAAGAUAACUAUAAAGAAUGUAUUUAGAAUGAAUAAUUCACUGAAUCUAUUUAUAGACAGCGAAAAAAAGAGGACCACCUAAAGGGUAGGAUAGUAAAUGAUGUAUAUUAUUUAAGGCUUAAAUUAUGUUAUGUGUAUAUAGCUAUAUCGAAAGCUUAGAAACAAGAUUGGAGAAAAUGGAGCAAAUAUUAAAAGAUAUAGGAAGUAAUACAAACUUAAUAAAUGAAACAGCACCUUUAAAGAAAAGAAAGAGACAGUAUACACCUUCUUUUACAAGCACCACAUCGAUAGGAGAUGAAGAGUCAUCAAACAUAGCAACAGAUAAACAUAGAGGAAAGAUAGUUAGAUAUCAUGGAAGCUCUUCAGGAUUAUACUUGAUGGAUAAUAUUCUAUCAACUAGUCAUGAUGAAUCACAAGAAACACAAGGAGGAGAUAAAGAAGGAAAGAUGUAUAUUGUCGCUUCUUUAAACGGUAAACAGCAAUAUCGAUUUAAGAGAAUGAAUGUAGAUGAUGAUGAUUUAAUGAUUGUUCGAGAUACGACAGCAGAUGAGGAGGCAGUACAGUUAGCAGAUGAUGGACAAGAGACUGUAGAUAGUAUCAUACCAAGAUCGUUAUUAAUAUAUCUUGUAAACACUUAUUUUAAAAAUACACAUACUACUACUUUACCUGUACUUGAUAGAAAUGAAUAUAUGGAUGCAUUUGAAGGGAGAACAUCGCCACCUCCAGCCCCUCUAUUAACUUAUGCUAUCUGUACUUAUGCUUGCUUUCUAUUAAAGAUUGAUGAUCCUAGCUUUAAAGAAGCGGGUGUUGAGCGUGAUGUUGUUUUUCAAACUUUAUUAGAUAGAACAGCAUUAUUAAUAAGAAAAGAGUAUUUAAAACCUAGAAUUGUAACCAUUCAAGCUCUUAUCUUAUUAUGUGCUCAUCCAACAUGUUCAACAAGUUCUUAUAGGAAUUGGAUCUUAGCUGGUAUGGCAGUUAGAAUGGCUCAAGAUUUAGGUCUUCAUCGUACCUUGACAACUGUAGAGGUAUCCACUGAAUUUAAAGAGAAAAGGAAAAAAUUAUGGUACUCAGUGUAUAUUACUGAUCGUUGGUGUUGUGCUUUAAUGGGAAGACCUUUAGCUAUUGCUGAUUCUGAUUGUGAUAUUGAUUUACCUAUAACAAAUGAUAAUGAUACAGAUUUAGUUAUGUUUGUUAAUUUUGUCAAAUUAUCAGGUAUAUUAGGUGAAGUUUUACGACGAAUUUAUUCACCUAAAGCUAAAUCAAAUGGAUAUAAGACAAAGGCAAUGGAGCAAAUUGUUUGGAGUCUUCAAAGGAUGCUUCAAGAUUGGUUUAAUAAUGUACCUGAUGGAUAUAAAAUAACAGAGAGUGAUUUAGAUAGUAUGAAGACUCACCCUGAACUUUAUCCUAUGGAUUCUAAAAAAAUUAUGGAAGGAGGACCUUUGACAUUAUGUUAUUAUGCUGUAGUGCUACUUCUACAUCGCCCUUUUAUUCUGUUAGAUAAUGACGAGGUGACUAUGCCUUCAUUUGCAAGGGCAACUGAGUUAUGUAGACGAGCCGCAAAAGUAUCUAUUGAUAUAGCUCGAGCAAUACCCUAUAUGGCGAUUGCCAAGUUUGGUUGGAACUUUGCAGCUUAUUCUGUGUUUCAAGCUGCUUUAAUUCAUGUAUAUAAUUGCACAAGUAAAGAUCCUGAAAUAGCAAAAGAAGCAAAGGAAUACUUCAAAAUCUGCCAAGAUGAAUGUUUAGCACCAUUAACUAAGGAAAUCCCAGCUGGUCCACCUUUAGUUCCUUUCCUUCAAACAUUAUUUAGUUUAUUGCAACCUGAAGGAAGUAAGACGCAACAACAGGAACAACAGCAACCAAUGCCCCAACAACCUGCUUAUCAAGUCCCACUAGUUCCAGUAAAUGAACAGCCACCAAUAUCAAAUAAUGGAUUUAUGCAACAAUUGACAAGUGAUAAUAGUAGCCAAUCAUGGUUAUUAAAUGGACAUCAAGUUGCUGGAGGAAGCAUGCCAUCCUUAUCUCAAGCAACUUGGCAACAACUCUUUUCGACUGCAGGUACUCCAUUUACAGAGAAUGCAUCUAAUAGAGGAUUUGAUGUUCAAGGCUGGGAUAAUUUUUUUAUGGAGAAUCAACCCAAUAAUGUUUUUAUGCCUUAAAUUUCUAUGAAACGUUAUUGGCUUUCUUCUUGACAAUGUACAUUAUAUAAGAUCGACUACAUUUAAUUAUUAAUAAAAAGUAUUUGAUUGUUUUCUAUUUUUGCCUUGUUGUCGAUUCAUCCUUUAUUAAAUGAUAAUAAUAAUAAUAAUGAUAAUAAAAAAUACAAGUGCUUUAAUGACUCUUCUUAUUAUUAAGAAAGAAAUGUUCAUAUGUACAAUAAGCGGCAAAUGCAACAGUC